GUUGGUUCCCACUCGACCACAAAUCAAAAUUUGCUCAUCGUUCCCACCAACCAAUGCCAUCAUCAUACUACCAAUCAUUUCGCGUCUGUACUGUCAUGUCUGUCAACUAGCAAUUGUUGCCAUUACAGUCUGCCUAGUUCAGCCACCGCACUCGACGGAGGUCAUGGCGGGAACCACCGCCCAUUUACUCAUCCUCACGCCACAUUCAUCCUCAUUCCCUCGUCCAAACCCUCUAUUUCUCCCUUCUUCCCGCCCUCGUCAUCUUCCCUCCGCCGUUAAAUCCCUCACUCUACGCCAUCGCCCCACUCCCUUCAGACCAUGUGCUCAAUCCAAUCAGUUAGAUGGUAGUGGUAGUGGAAGCAAAGAGUCAAAAGGAUUGAGCUGGGUUGAACCCAUUUUGAGCUUUGCUAGGGGCAAUGUCUUACCUCUAGCUCUGAUUUCUGCGGUGACGUUAGGAUUAACAUGUCCUAGUCUUGGUUGCGCUGUUGACAAAUAUCAUGUAUCCAAAAUUGGGCCGUUUGGAAUUUUUGUUAUCUCAGGGUUGGUGUUGCGAAGCGAAGAAAUUGGUGCAGCUGUAGAAGCAUGGCCUGUUGGACUCUUUGGGCUAGUAUCUAUUUUAUUUCUUACACCAUACUUUUCCAGGGCAAUAUUACAAAUUCAGCUCCAACCCCAAGAAUUUAUUACAGGGUUAGCCAUAUUUUGCUGUAUGCCAACUACAUUAUCAAGUGGUGUUGCACUUACCCAGCUUGCUGGAGCAAAUACUGCACUGGCUCUUGCAAUGACAGUAAUAUCUAACUUGUUAGGAAUAUUAAUUAUUCCAUUUUCCAUCACAAAAUUUGUAGCUAGUGGAGUUGGAGUGACUUUACCCACCAAGCAGUUAUUUAAAAGUCUUGUUCUUACCAUAUUAAUCCCCCUUAUUUUGGGAAAGGUUCUACGUGAAUCUUUUAAAGAUGUUGCUGACUUUGUUGACAGAAACCGUAAGCUUUUCUCAGGGAUCAGUGCAUUUUUCCUUAGCCUGGUACCUUGGAUACAAGUGAGCAAGUCAAGGUCGCUUCUGUUAAUAGUGAAGCCCAAAGUUUUUCUUGUAGCUAUUGGACUGGGAGCACUUCUUCAUCUGACCUUAUUGGUAUUCAAUAGCAUUGCUGUCCGGAGUCUUUCAAUUAUCUCUGGUGGUGGAAAAUCAACCUUUUCCCGUGAAGAAAAUGCCAACGCACUCAUACUAGUUGCAAGCCAGAAAACAUUACCAGUAAUGGUAGCGGUUAUAGAGCCACUUUGUGGUGCAUUUGGAGAAUCUGGGUUACUGGUUCUUCCUUGUAUUGCAACACAUCUAAUCCAGAUUAUUGUGGACUCUUUUCUUGUCAACUUCAUGCGUCGCAAAGACAAUCCCGGUAAUGUCAAGGUGGCUUAAGAGACGAAAUAUUAGUCAACGUCAUCAUUGAUUGUCGUCUGUGGAUUGAUGAUAUGCUGGAAUAUCGUGAAACACAUCAAGCUACACAUGGAUAUAAGAGUGUUAACAAUUUGCAUGGCAUUUCGUUUUCCACCAUGAGUUGCCAAAAUUAGUAUGCUCUUGUACAUUGUUCAUUCUGGCAGUCCGUCCCAGCAUAUUGUUUCCGAUCUUUAUUUUCAGUCCGUCCCAGCAUAUAGUUGAAUAUAAUGGAUAUGGUAGAAAUAAUCUCUGAUUUCUAUUCACUUAUGGUGGAUUUGUAUUUAUUUCUCUGUCCUUAUACCAAGGCAUCAUGUAAGCAGUUCACCUGAUGGAAGUUGGUUGAUAGCAUAUUUGGACUGACAUAUUAUUAGCUUUUCUGAAAAGCAAUGUAUAUAAGUUCCUUUCAUUGUUUCA